AUGCCGGGACUGCCUGGCACCGCCCCGUCCCAACCGACCAGGAAACAGCCGCUGCUCGCUGGCUCGAUCCUUGCCCCAUAACAUUUGCUGCCGUUUGAUCAGGAAGCGGAUCGGGCCCUUUGCAGGCACAGCUGCUUCUGCUGAAGUCCGCUCGGAGGGCGAGUGAAGGUAGGAGCUGAAAGAGUGACUUGCUUGCUUGGGCAAAUUUGGGUAUACUUUACGCACAUGCGGUCCUCCUCUGUUGAGUGGGGUUUGUUUGUUUUCCCCCAACUCCCUUAGCGACGCCACUUUUCUUACUUGAAGGACAGCGCUGGGUAGUUUUAAACAGCAGGAAAGAAAGCAGUUCAACAGGUGCAGCAUGGAGGUACUGUGAUAGGCAGGAGUGCCAGCCAGCUUGGCCCUGCGUCAGGUGACAGCAAAAAACUGCAAGGUUUUUAGCGGGGGCAAUUAGAAUAAGAUCUACUAUUUGAUUAUUAAUGUAAACCUCCGAAAUGUAUUUUGUACAGUUAAGUUUUUACCUCUGUCUUCAGUACAUCUUGUUUUAUUUUAUUGCUAUGGCUGAUACAGAUAAAGAUUAUUCUGAUCUGAUCUUGGCCCCAUGACCGGGGGUGCCUAGGGCCAUGGGUGCUAUGCAAUAUGUGCAUGGCGCUGGCUGGCACAGAACUUUGUGGGUGCCCGGUCCCUUCAUGGGGAAUUUUGUAGGUGCUCAGGCCACCAGGGCCCCAGGAAGUUGGCACCUGAGGCAAUGAUAGGUGAGGGAAACUGCGCUGUUUAUUUUUGUUAGCCAAUGCAGUGGCCCGAGGGGGUAGGUUGUUGAGAGCUAAUGUGGCUGAGCUGUUUGUUUGAGACACCUCACCCCACCCAUCAUCUAUCCCAUCACUCGUUUUGUGCAAGUGCUUUUGUUUCUUAGCUCCAGAAACCCCUCCUUUUUGCAUUAAAUGGAUGGCACUGUGGGUUAAACCACAGAGCCUAGGACUUGCCGAUAAGAAGGUCAGCGGUUCAAAUCCCCGCGAUGGGGUGAGCUCCCGUUGCUCGGUCCCUGCUCCUUCCAACCUAGCAGUUUGAAAGCACGUCAAAGUGCAAGUAGAUAAAUAGGUACCACUCUGGCAGGGAGGUAAACGGUGUUUCCGUGUGCUGCUCUGGUUUGCCAGAAGCGGCUUAGUCAUGCUGGCCACAUGACCCGGAAGCUGUACGCCGGCUCCCUCGGCCAAUAAAGCAAGAUGAGCACCACAACCCCAGAGUCGGUCACGACUGGACCUAACGGUCAGGGGCCCCUUUACCUUUUAUUAUUGGACCAGGGGUGCCAACUUGAAUAAAAUAUGGGCGGGCGGUCAGAUAAGCUCCGCCCUGCAUCAUCAACCACAUGAUGCGACACACACACACAACAUUUGAAUGGCAAUGCCCAUCAACUGGGGGAGGGGGCUCAAAUAUUUUAUGGGAGGCCAAAGGGAUCUUGGCCCCUAGGAGUUGGCUCCUAUGUACUGGACAUGUCAUGCUCCUCCUGGAGUAGUUUGUCCACCUUUGGUCCCCAUCCUGCACCCGGUGCUCACCUGUGGCUCCUAGAAGCUGUCAGGAUGCAGCCACACCCCAGGAAAUGGCUCUGGCUAGCCAACCAAACCAGGUGAGGGAAGCUGAUGGGUCUCAAACUCUGAGACAGUUAGGGACUUCUCCUGCAUGUGAAGAAGGCUCUGGUGGAUUGAGCGGACAAGACCAGUAGUAGGUCCAAGGGUCAAGAAGACAGUGUCUGCAGGGGCAGUAGAGGGACGUGAGGGCAGAUGGGACUCGUCCACCUGGGAAGGGAGCCCAUCUAGGAGAAGGAAAACUCCGAUCCUAAACCUCUGCUGCCUUGUGGGAUAUUUUGGGGAGAAGAAAAGAAGAAGAAGAAGAGUUUGGAUUUGAUAUCCCGCCUUUCACUCCCUUUAAGGAGUCUCAAAGCGGCUAACAUUCUCCUUUCCCUUCCUCCACCACAACAAACACUCUGUGAGGUGAGUGAGGCUGAGAGACUUCAAAGAAGUGUGACUGGCCCAAGGUCACCCAGCAGCUGCAUGUGGAGGAGCGGAGACGCGAAACCGGUUCCCCAGAUUACGAGACUACCGCUCUUAACCACUACACCACACUGGCUCUCGAGAAAAGACUGAGCCAGCCCUACACAAAUCUGGAGUGGAGUCCUUAUGGGUAAAAUUAUGAACAGAAGGUUUGAGGUUCACUGCGUGCUCCACUCUAAAAGAAAAUUUAAUGAAAAUGAUGUACCGUAGGUAUAUCACCCUGGUUAAACUAGCAAAAAUGUACAGAGUAAGUAAUAAAAUGUGUUGGAAAUGUAAAACAAAAGACGGUGAAUUUUUUUCACAUGUGGUGAUGUGAAAAAAUGAAAAAAUAUUGGGACAUGAUAUAUAACGAAAUGAAAAAACUAUUUAAAUACACUUUCCCAAAGAAACCAGAAGCAUUUUUGCUAGGGAUAACAGGGGAUGAAUUUAAAAAGGAAGAUUACAAACUAUUCAUGUACGCAACGACCGCCGCAAGAAUCUUAGUGGCUCAGAAAUGGAAAUCCCAAGAAAUCCCAACUUUAAUGGAGUGGCAAGAAAAAAUGUUUGAAUACACAGAAUUGGCGAAAUUGACUUAUAAGAUUCGGAAAUUGACUUAUAAGAUUCGGAACCAAAAAGAAGCAAAGUUUGAAAAGGAUUGGAGUAAAUUUGUUGAAUAUAUACGGAGUAAUUGUAAGAAUUUAAAAACUGUAGCAGGAUUAAUGUAAAUCUUGUGAUGUGGAUGGAGUGUAAAUACGAAACUGUAAGAAAAGAUUUGAGAUAUGAAAACCGUUGAAGGGAUGGAAGGAAGUCCGGGCGGAAUAAGGUGCAGGGUAAAUAAGAAGACAUAUGAAUUUUUGAAUGUAAGAGUAUUUAUUUUAUUUAUUGUUGUUUCAAAAAAGCAAUAAAAAGUAUUGGAGUGGAGUCCUUAAAAUGGUUGGGUGGUGCCUUGUACGCCUCCUUCCAGCAACUCCUGCAGCCAAGCUGGUGCCAAAAGUAUCAGUGAAGUCGAGAGAGGGGUCUUGUCGUCUGGGCAUCCCAGGACCUCCAUACAGACUGCCCAUGCUUGUGCACUUUGGUGCAGUAAUUGUAAUGUGCUAAGUGCUGCAUGGUUUCAGUCAUGGUUUUUAUUGCUGCUUUUCUGUCUUGCAUCUUAUUUUAUUCUAUUGCAGCCUGCAUUCCACAGGAAGCAAAUUGAAAGACAAGAAAAUACAAUAUAAGAAAUGAAAUAACAAUACAGCUAAAUAUCAAUGGGAAUGUUGAAAGUGGCCAAGCCAUGGAUUGCCUGAAUGAAGCUUGUGGUCCACAGACCACAGUCUGGAACCCCUGUACUAGGUGACUCAAGGCAGCUAGCAACAUGUAAAAUUUAAAGCUAUUGAAAGAGGAACAAUAAAAUGCAACCAAAGCAGUAAAAUAAAAGCAGCAGGAAUAGAAUAAGAGCAGCAGCUGAGAAAACCUCAGCAAACCUGCAGCAAAAUUACCCAGCCUUCUUACUCGGCCAGCCACAACCCCUCCUGAAAUAAUCUUAAUGUCCUUAGCUAGUUUGGUUUCUGUAGGGAGGGCAUUCCAAAUCAACUGGAAAAACAUUUCCUUGUUCCCACUUGCUGCACUUGAGUUUAGGAACAGGAUCUCUGAUGCUGAACAAAGUUCACAGGAAGGCAUAUACAUAUAUGAGAUAAGGUGGCCCUUCAAGCAUCAGUCAUGGGCUGUUUAAUGCUUAAGAAUCAGUGCCUAUAAGUGGCCCUGGAAUUGAAGAGGAAGGCAUUUGGGGGUGGGAGGGACAACAACAGAGUUACAUGCAUCAGCCCAGCCCCAGGCAACAGGCAUUUUGAACCGGUUGAAGUUUCAGGAUGCCUUUCAAGGGCUGCCCUUAUCCCCACAGCUGACAGUAUGUGGCUGAAAAGUGGCAUUGCGCAUUAAUGGCAUGAUAUACUGGUAAGCUACCCAAGCAACUCUGGGAACGGGAAAUUCUGACCAGCAGUUAUUGAACAGAGGUAGAAACCAACCCACCUGAAAGCAGGCUGAUUUCCUGGACCUACUUGUAUUUUUUUUCACACACUCACUGCUUGUGGUUUUGUUAUGUACUGAGUUGAAUAGGAUUCAAAAGGCAGCAGUCUGAUUGGUCCUAGAACAAUAGGAUUCAGAAUGCAGCAGUCUGAUUGGUCCUAGAACAAUGCAGCAGUAAGAUUGGUCCGCAGGAGCCACCCAAUCCAGCUCCAGGUGGAAGGGAAUCUGCAACCUGAUUGGCCUACAGGAGAAUCCCAGAAUUAGCCAAUCACAUGCGGCCCAUUGUGUAAAUAAUGUAUAUAAAGCAGAUAUUUGGGGGGAACUUUCAUUCCUCACUACUAUGAGCUGAAUAAAGAGCAUGAAAUACUCGACUCUGAGUAUAUUUCAGGUUUGUCUCCAUUGCCAUGUGAGUUGUGUGAUGACCUCCGUACAUGUGAGGAAGCUGUUUGGAGAAGCAGAAGUGCUGCCAGAUUUGGGCUGUGGAAGGAAGUUUGCCAAGAGGAACGUCUUUCUAUUAACCAGAACUGUGGGGCUUGCAUGCACGUAGUAUAUGCUUAUUUUCUCAGCAACUUUUUCUUGGGCUUUUUUGUCUUUCGCUGUUUGCAUUCCAGCAACACAAGAUCUGCCCUGCGGUGGAGUAUGGAGCCGGAUUCUGAGAGCAGAGAUUGCCUUGUGGCCGGAACUUCCAGUAAGCCCGAAGAAGAAAAAGCAGAGGAUACUGAGAGCGGCAUCAGUUGCGCCCUAGAAGGAGGUGGGCCUCCUUCCAGGGAAAAGUGGGAGAAUGUGGAUCUGAAACCUGGCAGAGAAACCCCCAAGAAACAACUCUGUGGCUAUUUAAACAAAUUUUCUGCAAAUGCCCCAAUCAAGACCUGGAAGUCGCGUUGGUUCGUCUACGAUGAAAACAAAUGCAACUUACUUUACUACAGGACAGCACAGGACAUGAACCCUCUGGGGAACAUAGAGCUAUCCAGUGCUAGCUUUGAUCUUAAGGUGGGAGUGGAAGAGGGCGUUUUUGAAAUCAGGACCCCCAGCAAAGCAUUUAUCCUUCAGGUAUGUGGAACACAUGGCUGGUUUGGGCUAGUGGUGGGGAAAUGUGCAUGUUGCGGCUGGUGGCAUGCAAUGGGACUUGAGCUCAUAGGGUGACCUAAAGGGAUCUCGGACAGGGAUCUACCGUUUGUGCCCAACUGAAAGUAUGGAAACAAAGGCAGACCAACCGUACUAGUGUUGGUGGAUAAAUUAUUUGAUUCCUUGUCCUGGAGACUCGAUGCGCUUGGGGGUUUCCACAGAGCUGAAGCUGUGAAUUUCCUGAAUUAGCCUAGGACUUGCUGAUCAGAAGGUCGGCAGUUCGAAUCCCCGCGACGGGGUGAGCUCCCGUUGCUCAGUCCCAGCUCCUGCCAACCUAGCAGUUCGAAAGCACGUCAAAGUGCAAGUAGAUAAAUAGGUACUGCUCCAGCGGGAAGGUAAAUGGUGUUUCCGUGUGCUGCUCUGGUUCGCCAGAAGCGGUUUAGUCCUGCUGGCCACAUGACCCAGAAGCUGUACGCCGGCUCCCUCGGCCAAUAAAGUGAGAUGAGCGCCGCAACCCCAGAGUCGGCCACGACUGGACCUAAUGGUCAGGGGUCCCUUUACCUUUACCUUUAGGACAUGUUAUAACCAGUGUUUUACUAUUGUGUCCAAAGAACCGGGAGCAUUUAUAUACAGGAGAGAUAAACAUGUUUUGUUCCAUUUAACACACAUUUUAACAUCUCUAUCACCAUUGAGAAGCCAGCAUUAUCUUGGUGUAGUUUCCACGGCUACAUCCAAUUGUAGCUGAAUGUUCAGUUAACCAGAAUCCCAGUCUUCUCCUGUUCUGACAUUUAAUGGUUCUUGGCUGCAGACUCUUGGAGGACAAAAAAUAAUAAAAUUAGCAUGCAGAGGCAAGUUUAAGUAAUCCCUAUUUUUUAAAAUUGGCAGAAGAUAAAGGAGUUGGAACCUUUGGGUUGCAUGAACUUCACAAUUUUCUCUUCCCUUUACAAAAUAUCCUGAUUCACAGUUUGAGAAGAAGAAAGCUCUUGUCUUCAGGAAAUUGCCUUAAACAUGAUUUCCUAGUGAAUUUUUUCUGAAAGCAGAAGACAACCCUAAUAAUUCAUGGCAGUAUCCUGAACUCCUGAGACCAUUAGCAUCCUCUGCCUCAAAGAUUAUUAAAACAAUACAAGUAUGUUACUUUUGCUGAGUGUUGGUGGGGAAGACUUUCUUGUACGUUAUCAUUUUAGACAGCCCACUCAGUGUAUAUGGCAUUUUACAUUGGAUGCAUUUGUACAUAACACUCAGCCAUGGUUAGUUCAACAAAUCACCAGUUGUCCUGCAGACAAUUAAACAAGCCACGGUUUGUUUCCCAGCCACUUUUGCCUCAUGCCUCUGUAGCCUGGCAAAUGUCUGCGGUGAGGUGUCCUGAUAAGCCAUGGCUGAGCACGGCUGUUAAGUUUGCAGUUAAAACAAGCCAUAGUUCACGAGCUGCCAACAAGCCAUGGCUUCAAAUUGUGGUUUGUUGCCAGAAAACAAACCAUGGUUAGUCGGCUAGUCUGGGUUUGGAUGUUCAGAAAAAACACAUGCCGAAACAAACCAUGGAUUACUGUUGUUCAGAGCAAGCCAUUGUUUCAUAAGUGAAAAUCACACACACACACAAAAGCAGACACGGUAGACUGACUCACCUGAUCCCCCUCUUGCUAAAGGCUUGGGGGGCUAGAUUUUUGUCAGUUCAGGGGGUUCCUCAGUUUAGGCACUAGUGGUUGAUGAUGGGAGAUGGCACAUCCACCGCGCUGAAUAUUCAUAUUGAAUUCUUAACUGUAUUUUGAUUGCUACUUUUACAGUGGUACCUCGCAAGACGAAUGCCUCGCAAGACAAAAAACUCGCUAGACGAAAGGGUUUUUUGUUUUUUGAGCUGCUUCGCAAGACGAUUUUCCCUAUGGGCUUGCUUCGCAAGACGGAAACGUCUUGCAAGUUUGUUUCCUUUUUCUUAACACCGUUAAUACAGUUGCGACUUGACUUCGAGGAGCAACUCAUAGAACGCGGUGUGGUAGCCUUUUUUGCGGUUUUUAAAGACUUUGGUGAUUUUUGAAGCUUUUCCAAAACUUUCCCGACACCGAGCUUCGCAAGACGAAAAAAAUCGCAAGGCGACAAAACUCGUGGAACGAAUUAAUUUCGUCUUGCGAGGCACCACUGUAUUUCUGUUCUUUUUUUAUUGUAUUACAAUUUGGAUUUAGUGAAUGCAACAAAAUAGAAUAUAUAAGAAGCCAAAGAAGCAAUCAAAACACAAUUUAAAAAUCAUUCGGCGUCUUGCACAGAACAUUACAAUGGUUACAACAGGCAAAAAAUCAUUAAGUAGCCUGCCAGAACUCAGCAAUUUUCAUGUGGUCCAUGGGGCAGAAAGUUUGGAAACCACUGCACUAGGCCCUCUGCUUGCACAGGGAAGCCAAACUUACACUGCGUCAAAACCUCCCCAAUUAUACUGGAUUUUGGUAAGUCCAUGAUCUGUUGUGAUGAGGUUGGGUUUGUCGCUGAAAUCUAUCUGUUGUGGAAUUUAGCUGUAUCUGUAGGCAACUCCUUGAGUUACACAGAUCCUGUAUUUAAUAAAUUUUUUCCCCAAAUUGAACUGUAGGCUGUCAACAAACAGACCAUGAUAUACUGGUUGCAGCAGUUGCAGAUAAAACGCUGGGAGUUCUGUAGUAACCAGACUAGAAGUCCGGCAGAGGAUGACACAGAUUUCCUCUGUGUGAAUGACGCCACACUUAACAAUAGUAAGUAGCAGCAGCAGCGCAAAUGUGUUGCCCCCCCACCCCUACCCCAGGGGACAGGAUUAUUUCGCCAGUGCUGGUUUAGUUGGUGCGGCAUAAAUUCAGCCAUUUAGCAGGGCUUGAUCCUACAAAUAUUAAUGCAAACAGAAUUCUGACAGGGCUGAGACUUGUGAGAGAGUGUGUGUGUAUGAGAGAGAGAGAGCAUGAAAGAAUCUGCUUCCUCACUGCGCACAAAUUGCACAACAUCAGCCUAAGUGCUAAAGUAGGGUUUGCUAACUUCUUUUUAGUUUGAGGACCGCAUUCACCCUAGGAAAACUCCCAGUGGUGGCUGUAGCCCCAAGUGGUACAUGCACAGCACACACAAGACACAGCUUCCUCUCCUCAGCUGAUUCAUGCAGAUCAGCUGAGGAGCAGCUCAUCUUAUGAUAAAUGGGAUGACCAGGGAGGAGCAGAUUAGUAUCCCUGUCAGGGUGCUGGACUGGCAAAGAGGUUUAUAUCUCUUCACCCAUGCUAUCCCCAUCUCUAUCCUCACUGUCACUGCCAAAAAUUGGUGGGGUCUGGGAACAAGGGCACAGAAAAAAAUGCUUGGGUGACUGGAUCAGGCCCCCGGGCUAGAGCAUAUUAGUUGCCAUGGGUGACUAAACACAGCAGGCCAACUCUCCAGUGAAGAACAAAAAAAAAAAAAAAAAUGCAGGCAGAUGGUCCAUGGGGGGGGGGGGGGGGAAUUCGGACAGUAGAACAAUACCUUUUACUGGAAGCCACAAUCUAGGGAGCAAGCUUUAGAGUUCAGCAGAACUCUUCAUCAAGCUGGAUGUUAGGCGAAACAGCACAAAAAAACCAAAGGAGAAUAACCGAAGUCUGUAAUUUUGAUGGACGGCUUUCUGGAAUGGAGACAAUGCUAUGCAGACUCCAGCCCAAAUCUUUAUGUAUCUACUCUGAAGUAAGCGCCACAGAGUUUAAUGCAACUGACAUCUAGUUAAGCGUGUCUGCGCUCACAUUGCUUCUGUGCUUACUCUGCAUCCAGCACACUCUCUCUGCUAUUUUUGAACCUGCAGUCGCAUGCAGCAAACUAUGAUCCAUAUCGAUCCUGUAGUUUCUUAACAAAUACUGCUGUUUCGUGUGUGUGUGUGUGUGUGUGUUUUAAACCGGCUUCAGUCCAAUUAGAAAACUUGAUGUGGAGUAAGUACUAAUGUGAACCCCUCCCCCAACAGCCAUUGCACAAGUUCAGAUGACGAUUUAGUGAACAGGAAAACUGGGGGGGGGGGGGUGUUUGCAGGGAUGGGGAAACCAAACAGGUUACCUGCAUCAGGUGAAGACGUCCCUGCCCCAUCUGUAAUGCAAAAAACUCCAUGCAAAUGUAGCUUGAAAUUCUGCAGGGCACAGGCUGGGAAAUGACCUCCCUGUGUUUUAAGCCGCAAAUGUGAAUAACAUGCCCUCAGAUUAUAGCUGUGCCUUCUGCAAACAAACAAACAAAUAAACAAACAAACAAACAGAAAACACCUCUGGACGCCAUAAGAGGCAAUGGCUCCUCUCGGUUUAUAAACACGCCAGCAGUUAUUUGGAAAUAUCAAAAGUAGAGGCCUCCAGUGUCUGCCUGCUUAAGUUCUAGACUUGCCUGGGCAUGUGAGAAUUUCUGAAGUUGACCACUCCACCCAAGGCUAGCCUAGUUCUCCAUAGCGGUUGGAGAAAUGCUUCUUAAAAGUCAGCCAAAAUGGGUAUCUCAUUUGCCCCAAAUGGGUGGCAGUAUUUGUGUAAGGGACGCGGGUGGCGCUGUGGGUUAAACCACAGAGCCUAGGACUUGCCGAUCAGAAGGUCAGCCGUUCAAAUCCCUGUGACGGGGUGAGCUUCCGUUGCUCGGUCUCUGCUCCUGCCAACCUAGCAGUUCAAAAGCACCUCAAAGUACAAGUAGAUAAAUAGGUACCACUCCGGCGGGAAGGUAAACGGCGUUUCCGUGCGCUGCUCUGGUUCAUGCUGGCCACAUGACCCGGAAGCUGUAGGCCGGCUCCCUCGGCCAAUAAAGCGAGAUGGGCGCCACAACCCCAGAGUCGGCCACAACUGGACCUAAUGGGCAGGGGUCCCUUUACCUUUACCUUAUUUGUGUAACAGACAACAGAGAAUGCACUGGUAGCAGUUCUCUCUCCCUGCUGUGCUUGAUGCACCUAUAACUUUAGCUUGGGUGUGUCUGAAUCCCAUUGAUUCUGUUGGUUUGUUUGUUUUUUCCCUCCAUAGCAGAGGCAGAACAUGAUUUUUUGCCCCCUGUGAAAACCCCCACAGAUGUCGUCGGCCCGAAGGCAGCCUCUCUCCCAGCGCCUCUACAGCCUUCUCACCCUCUUCAGAACAUCUCCCUCAAGCAUCCUUGGAUUGAAAUACAGUAACUGUUUUUAUCUCUCUUUUUUGAAUUUCUGGAAACUAGCUGUGUUAAGUCUGUUGCACCACUAACAGCAGAGUCUUUUUGACAUCUCAAGGACUAGCAAAUGCUCCUUUGUGUCCUGAGUUUUGAAAGGCGAGAGCCAACCAGAUGGCAUGAAAGAGAAACCCUGCUGUAGGCAUGGGUGUCGCUAUAGAGGGGGAAGAUGUUGUUAUGGAAGGUGACGUUAUACUUUUUUUAAAAAAGCAAAAUUAUUAAGAUGCUUAAAUGUGUAUUUUAGCUUUAUUAAAUGAAAAAGGGAAAGGCUUGAAAGUGCACAACUUGCAUUGAUCAACUCUUGUAAGCAUUUAUGGCUCAAUCACUAUUUCAAUAAACUCACAGAUGUUGCAUAAGAACUUAAGGAAAGCUGUGUGGCAUCAGAUCAAGGACUCCUCUAGCUAAACCAUAUUCCUGCGUUGCAGGGGGUUUCCAACCAUAUUCCUGCAUUGCAGGGGGUUGCACUAGGUCAGGGUUUUCUAAAUUUGGGUCUCCAGCUCUUUUUGGACUACAACUCCCAUCAUCCCUAGCUGGUGGUCAGGGAUGAUGGGAAUUGUAGUCCAAAAAACAACAACCAACCAGCAGGAGACCUGAGUUUGGGACACUCCAGACUAGAUGAUUCUCAGGGUCCCUUCCAACACUACAAAUCUCUGAUUCUGUGUCCAUGAAGGACUUGAAGAAAACAUUGUGCUCCCCACCCAACAACUGUUUCUCCCUAGCAACCAGGGAGAAACAAGGUUAGUCAGAAGCAAAAAUGUGGGGAAGUAAACAUUGUGCAGGAGCAAAGAAUUCCCCCAUGAACCUUCCUCUUUGUUCAUAUUACAUUCAAAUAGAAUAUUUAGGCGCAACUGUAAUGUUUGAGUUUUGUACCUUUUUGUGCAGAUUUGUCUGUUGCACAUAUGCUUGUACCUCACUUCAUCUCUCUACAUAUGAUCAAUAUACACUUGAUGACUUAGAAUCAUAGAAUCAUAGAGUUGGAAGAGACCACAAGGGCCAUCGAGUCCAACCCCCUGCCAAGCAGGAAACACCAUCAGAGCACUCCUGACAUAUGGUUGUCAAGCCUCUGCUUAAAGACCUCCAAAGAAGGAGACUCCACCACACUCCUUGGCAGCAAAUUCCACUGUCGAACAGCUCUUACUUACGGCUGAACUUGUGAACCAGGACGUGACAUUGUAUUUGAAGAGUGAUGACACAGUCAUCAGAUGAUGAGCAUGCAUGUAUGAACCCGGCCCUAAGUGAGUCCAAGUCCUGUGAGUUUGCGACAGCUGGGAGCAACGGCUACUAAAUGAAAAAACCGUCCAAAGUCACUAGGAAAUGACUGGAUAUUGUUGCAGGAAGAUGUUGCAUUGUGGCACGAGUGUACCAAAACAGCCAGCGGCAUUUAAGCGUUAUUAAUUCACAGGUUCUGUCUAACCAUUCCGCUGUGCUUCUGUGCUUCUAGGAACACAGUGCAUAAUCUUUAUGAUAGCUGGCAGAGCCGGAGGGACAAUGGUGGCAUGCCUUGUUUGGAGGGAAUCCAAGAUGACCUUGAAAAUGCAGCCGAUGAAGAGCAUGCAGAAACUGAAGCAGAAGAUGCAGGUACUUAUUUCUGCAUGACAGUGAGAACAUUUAAAAACUGCAUUGCUUCCUUGUGAUUCUCAGGGCCGGAUUUAGAUUUGAUGAGGCCCUAAGCCACUGAAGAGGGAUGCGGGUGGUGCUGUGCGUUAAACCACAGAGCCUAGGGCUUGCCGAUCAGAAGGUCAGCAGUUCGAAUCCCCGCGACAGGGUGAGCUCCCGUUGCUCGGUCCCUGCUUCUGCCAACCUAGCAGUUUGAAAGCACGUCAAAGUGCAAGUAGAUAAAUAGGUACAGCUCUGGCGGGAAGGUAAACGGCGUUUCCGUGCGCUACUCUGGUUUGCCAGAAGCGGCUUAGUCAUGCUGGCCACAUGACCCGGAAGCUGUAGGCCGGCUCCCUCAGCCAGUAAAGCGAGAUGAGCGCCACAACCCCAGAGUCGACCACAACUGGACCUAAUGGUCAGGGGUCCCUUAACCUUUUAAGCCACUGAAGGUAAUGGGGCCAUUUAUAUGUCCAGCUGUCCUUUGUCAACAACAAAUUGUCACUGGUUUUUUUGUGUUGAAUAUGUUGAAUGGUAAUUUAUGGACCUAAUAGGCACCUAAAGCCACUUGCACAUGCAGAAUCUAGGCACCCUGUAUAUAGAAAUGAGCAAACCAGUGAUAUUUUAGGGAGCAGGCUAGCAGGCGGGGCCCAUUACUUACAUCAUAGGACACUACACAACACAAAACACUGGUGCUGUAUGUAGUUUUUAUUUCAUUUGUUUUUUAUCUUAUAUUUUGGAAAUGUACAUCCAGUUUUUUCCCCUUUAAUUUUUUUUUGGGGGGGGGGAAGAAAGUGGGGCCAUAAGCUAUAGCUUGUUGAGCUUAUACAUUAAUCUGGCACUGGUUAUUCUGCACAGCUGUGAGGGAGAAACUGGGAAAAGUGAGCACAAAAGCCUUCAUUGAAGCCUCUGGGAUUUAUUCUGAGUAAAUAUCAGGGUUUAAUUAAGCAUUUCUAGGUAACCUGGGCAUAGACCCAUUAUAGCACAAACUUGCAAAAACGUUUGCACAUGCUAAGAUACACCCAUAGAUGCAAAUGUCCAACUUUCAGAUGUGUGGGGGGGGGGACCUCUGACUCAAAUUUAUAUAAUACCUUGCUGUGUGAAUUCUGGGCCCAGUAUGGAGUACAGUGGUACCUUGGUACUCAAACGCCUUAGUUCCCAAAUGCCGAAAACCUGGAAGUAAGUGUUCCAGUUUUCGAACAUUUUUCAUAAGCCAAACGGCCCAUGCAGCUGUUGGCUAUUGUUUCUGGGGCGCCUGCACCAAUCAGAAGCUGCGCCUUGGUUUUCGAACAUUUCAGAAGUCUAAUGGGCUUCCAGAACGGAUUAAGUUUGGCACUUUUGUUUUUGCUAUUUUACAUUUUUGUUUUUGAGGCUUUUUCGGUUAAUUUGUUUUUGUGACUGUGUGGAAUCCAGUUCAGCUACUAAUUGGUUGUGUGACUGCGGAAAUGGAUAAAAGCCCUCUAUCCAAACAAAGACUAUCAUCAGUCUGGGUAAGAAAAAAAAAUAAUUUUAAUUUUUCUCAUCUACAAUACUGUCUUAUUUAUUUUAUGGUGCAGUACACUGAUUAUUGCUUUCGUAUUAUGGAUCCGUAGUCUUGUUCAAUAGUAAAAUUCUUGUUAAAUUGCUGUUUUAGGGGUUGUUUUUAAAAGUCUGGAACGGAUUAAUCCGUCUUGCAUUACUUUCUAUGGGAAAGCGUGCCUUGGUUUUGGAACGCUUUGGUUUUGGAACGGACUUCCGGAAUGGAUUAAAUUUGAGAACCAAGGUACCACUGUAUUGGAUUUUCUAGACCUAGAAUGCAUGGAUCGGGCCCUUCUUCCUACCUCCAGUCUGCUGGCGAGAAGUGCUGCUUUGGACUCAUUAGAAGUAAAACAAGCCUUGUCUAAUAUCGAACAUUGCUUUCCCUUUCACUCAAAUUUUGUCCAUAUAGCUGUUUCUCACUCACUCACCCACCUCAUAUUGCUAUUGCAAAUACACACAAGUUGCCAGUCAAUACCACCUACAUAGAAUAAAUGGUAAUCACAGAUCAAAACAAUCUGUGGCACCACUCGAAAGCAGGAAAGUGUCCUAUGUUCUUUUCUUCCUCAGGCGAAACAGAGACGCAGAAGGAUCCAAAGUCAAGGCUAAAACCACCUUUGGUUAGAAAAGACAAAAAGGAAAGCAGGAGUUUGCGUUGUUUUGCUGAAGGGGCAAGAGAUGGGAGAACAGCUUCUCUUCAGCACCAAAUUUUGGUCCUUGAAGAGGAUGUCAAAGCUCAGAAGGUAAUCCUGCCCUUGGUAUGGAUGGAGUCACCAUACCAUUUUGAUCUAUAGGGAAAUGUGCUUAAUUGCCUUUUGAUCUGGACACAAUAUUGUAGAAGAAGGUGUAUGUCUGCCUCAUGUAUUACUGUUGCUGGCAAGAGAAGAACAGGACCAAACAUGUGAUGGGGUUGAUGAGAGCUGUGGUCCGAAACAUCUGGAGGGCACCAUGUUGGCGAACGCUGCAUUCUAGAAGGUAUUAUGAAAGGAAGCACACCCAUCUUCUCUUUUAGCAUCUAAAUACUGUGUCCAAGUCCAGAUUCUAAUUUGCCUUUUUUCUGGGCUCUUGUAGAAGGGUCAUUCUAGAGCUAUAGUGCGUUUCCUCUUUACUAGGUUGCGGUAGAGGGAUGGUUGUGGAACCAAGGUUGGAAAAUGGUUGGAAUACUUGUGUGGUUGUGCCCAGAUACUGGAGAGUUGUUCAGAGUUACACCUAAGAGGGAUAACUGCCAGUAUAGCUUUUGAAGACCCGAUUUCUCUCUAGUAACUCACAGAGGCACCAUCCUACACAAGCCUAAGAGUGGGUCACAGACUGAGUGAUUGCAUCAGCCUGCGAUACAGACUCCCCGCUGAAAACUGCAUUUCCUGUUCAACUGCUGAAGGACAACGUUGUUCCUGAUAUUUUGGGGGAAAACUGAAGUUAGAACAUCUAAGCUAUUAUGAAAUACAAGCUGAUUCUCUAACGGUGCUCUUAGGUUUUUUUCAUGGUGAGGCUGUCAAAAGGUUUCUAAAAUAAGUUGAAUUCUCAGAGGAACAAAAACCUGAUUGUUUUAUGGAAGACUGGUGGCGGCCAUAUUUGGUAUCUAAGUCUUGCCAAUUUAAACAUGAUUAUACACCUGAGGGUUUUUUUAAAAAAACAACAGCUAAGAAAACACUUUUCUUAUACAUUUCAUUUUUACUGGUAAAUUAUUCAACUUCUUAAUUCGAAGAUUAUGAUUUUUAUCAUUUUGUGCAGGAUCAAUGUAAAUUUAACUAGCCUGUGGUUAACGCCUCAUUUGUGCUUCUAGAAUAUCGGCACAGCAUCAACUCUCUGAAUCUUGGGAAUUUCCUCCAGAACUGUAUCUGAAGAAUCAUUGUGGCUUAUUGUCCUCACUAAUUAUAGUUGGAAUGGAAAAUUAGUUCAUCCUCAUAUGAUACAAAUGCAUCAUUCUUUGUUCCUUUCCAGAUACAGAAAUGUAUGUUUGAUCACUCUGGAAUCCUGCGCUUCCUCCAAGUUGUUCAGAGUAUGACUUAUAAAGCUGCCUUUAGAAAAUUAAGGGUCUCCCCCCCAUGUUUACUUUUACAGGAACUGGUUAAACUUCUCCACAAAGCCCUGGAGGCAGCCCAACAGGAGAAGCGAGAGUCCUGCAGGUACCUGGUCACAGCAAAGGAGGAGGAUAGGCUGGAGCUGGUGCGGCACAAAGUGAGGCAGAUUGCUGAGCUGAAUAAACAGGUUGAAGUGCUGGAGAUGGAGAAAAAGGAGCUGGAGCAGGGCUUGGCUUUGAAGGACGAGCACAUCGGGGAGCUGAAGGCCCACGUGCAGCUCCUGAUGGACAAAAACCAGGCCAAGCAACAAGUCAUCCUGAAGCUGACGGAGCAACUUGCCAGAGACAUGCCUGACUCUGUUGGGGAGGCAGACACCAUUCCCAUGGAGACCUUGUACAAGCAGCAGGAAGAGAUCGAACAUCUGAAGGUACUCUGAGGCAAAUGGUGCAAUGGCAGGGCCGGCCCUACCAUUGGGCAGAGCCUUGGGGAGCAAAUGUGUUGGGGAUGGCACAACAGUAAACACAAGAGGUAAAUGCCUCUUUAGUCCCCUAUCCCUUGUCUGUUGCUACACAAGCUGUCCUGGGGGCCCUUAUCUGUCCUGAUGAUUCAGGUACUAUCCCAUCCCUGGUGUUGAAGGAAAAUUUAACUGCUAGUCUCUUCAGUUUCCGUACCUGGGAAGGGGCACCAUCUCUGGUGGCAAAAUGCUUUGGCCAGGGUACAGUAGGAGGUGACGAUUAUGACCUCACUCCUUCCACAGUUGCAGCUUGGUGAUAUGUUAUCCCAUCGUUCUAUACCUCUGUUUUAUUUUUGUGGCAAGUCUGUGUGCACCACGGUACCAUAGCAGCUCCUUUAAGAAACAGCCCGGAAUAUGAUAUUGAGCAGAGGAUUCAGUUUCCUUUAAAAAAAAAAAAUCACUGUGCUCCUUCAUCCCAAAGGAGCCCUCAACAUCUGGAGCGCACCAGGUUCGAGAUGACUACUACACUUAGGAGACAGUGUUCUGGUUAUCUCUGUGAAUGUGAUGUUUUCUAUCUGUCUACAAAAUAGGACUUUCUGUUGCUUUUUGUCACCAAUGCCCUUGGCCUGUUUGAGGAGCCAUGGAAAGAGUCCAACAACACAGCUUGCCCCUAUCUUUCUGUCAGACACCAUUUGCCAAUUCAUAAAUGUUAAGUUGUGGGAGAACAUAUCAGAUGACACAGCGAUUCUUCAAACAGCUCUUGUUUAUUCACAGGCCAGAACAGAACUGAACUGAAGUGUUCAGUCAGCCUGCUUAUAUAGAGCUCCAGUACAACGUAACUGUAACAAUUUUCUAAAACUAUCCAAUCACUGAACGUCACUUUCAAUCCCUUAUUUGCAUAACUAUCUACAGUAUCCCCCUGCUGGCCCAGGGUGAGAACUUCAGUACAUAACAAUAAACCCAACAAAUUUCUUGGGUGUACAAAUUACAGUUGUGCCAACAGGUUAUUUCUACGUAUCUUCUCUUGUCUUUUUGCCAGGAUGACUUAGAAGCGUACAAGAUUCAGAACCAAUUUCUGAACUGCGAAAUCCACCAGGUUACUAAAAUCUGGAGCACGGUAGCGCAGAAAGAGAAGACCCUACUGAUGAAGGUAAAAAGCAAAGUAUUUUUAAAAGUCCAGUGUUUGUGCUUUAGGCCCCAUCUGCAGUAUACAUCUACUGUAUAACAGUAUUAUACCACUUUAAAACAGCUAUAGCUUUCCCCCAAAGAACUGUAGUUUGUUGAAAGUGCUGAUAAUUUUUAGGAGACCCCUAUUCCUCUCCCUUCGCAGAGCUACGAUUCCCGGAGUUCCCUGGGAAGAGGGAUUGGCUCUUAAACCACUCUGAGAAUUCCCAGAAUUUGGGGGUGAGAGAGGAGUCAAGGUGCUUUAAAUGUGUGCUGAAUGUGAGGUGUGGAUCUUUGUGUUGGUUUUCUGUGUGUUUGCCUGUGAUGCUCUCCAGCUUUCUAGGAGCCGACCUCAGCUGUCCGACAUUAGGUUGCUUGUGGCUACUUCUGAGCAUAACACGACAACAGAAAGCCAUGGUCAUAUUCUGACUGCAACACAUUUUUAUGCUUUUUAAAAUUCCAGUGUGCCCGUCUGCAAGCCCACAACUGCCAGAUUGAGAGCAAGUACCUGAUGGUUCUGCGGAAGCUGCAAGGCCUACCGGACUUUGCCAGUGAGCAUGUGGAAAUGCUGAAGGCCCUUAUCCAGGAAGCACUUCAGUGGGGUGUGAAGGAAGAAGCCAUGAUCCCUGUACAUCUCAGCCCAAUCAAGUAAUGGCUGUGUGUGUGUGUGUGUGUGUGUGUGUGUGUGUGUGCGUGUGUGUGUGUGUGUGUGUUUAAAAUAGAUGCAGUGCUCUUUUAUUUUCACCAGGCUCGCUGUUUCUGGAAUAUGAUGCUGGUCUAGAUUGGUCUGAUUCAUCAGACAAUCCUUAUAUUCUUACUGUCAGUGAGCUGUCAUUGGCAGAUUAUCAGAUAAAGCUUUAUUUGAUAAUCCUAUUUUUAAUCCACAAAGGCACAUUUUCACUUGUGGGGCUGCGAGGUGAGGGUACACUCGCUUACAUUAUGAGGUUACCUUUGAUUUUGGUGUGCUACUGUAGUAGAGAAAGGCAAAAGAAAAUAUGAGCUGGUUUUUCCUUCAAACAGUCAGUGGUAGCAUUUUAUAUCACCGUAUUUUUCGCUCUAUAAGACGCACCAGACCACAAGACGCACCUAGUUUUUGGAGGAGGAAAACAAGAAAAAAAAAAUUCUGAAUCUCAGAAGCCAGAACAGCAAGAGGGAUCGCUGCGCAGUGAAAGCAGCAAUCCCUCUUGCUGUUCUGGCUUCUGGGAUAGCUGUGCAGGCUGCAUUUGCUCCAUAAGACGCACACACAUUUCCCCUUACUUUUAGGAGGGGAAAAGUGAGUCUUAUAGAGCAAAAAAUAUGGUAUUCUUAAACUGUACAUUAGCUUACUUUUUUAUUGUCAAAAAGGCACCUACAUUAAGAUCUUUGGCAAGAUACAUUUUUAAAAAUAAUGAUAAUUGUUAGCAGAAAGUUUACAAACUUUUCUUUAAUUAAUUUGACAGCUCUAGAACUUGAUGUUUUUCCCAUAUUCUUCUCUUUUCCCCGUUCAGCCAGUAUGAUGACUAUGGGUUUAUGACAAUUCCUGAGUACGAAGCUGCAGACUGGAAGCUUCUGGCAAAAAUCCAGGCUCUGGAGAUCAAAUCCAGUAACCUCCUGAACCAGGAUGCCAUGGAGAAAACUCUCUCUGACCGGUGGAAUAAUCUUGGGGAACUAGCUCCCUCCUCAGAGCUAAAGAGCCUGCUGCGCUGUGGCGUCCCAAUAGACCACCGCCAACGAGUGUGGAGAUGGAUUGUGAGCAGGCGGGUACAGCAGUUUCGCUCUCCAGGCCAUUACCAAAACUUGCUCAAGAAGUGUGAAGCUGCUGAGCACCCAGCUUCCCGACAGAUUGAACUGGAUCUGCCUCGCACGCUCACCAACAACAGGCACUUCAAUUCACCUGCUUCCCAGCUUCUUCCCAAACUCCGAAGGAUUUUGCUUGCAUUCUCUCUGCAAAAUCCCACCAUUGGCUAUUGCCAGGGACUGAACAGGUAAAGGGUGCUAGCUCAUUGCUGACCUUUUUAAACUCUUUGUUUGCAACAAAUAUUAGGGUCAGUAAUAAUAAUAAUUUACAGUGGUAUAAUAAUAAUAAUUUACAGUGGUACCUUGGUACUCGAACGGCGUGGCUCCUGAACAAAUCGGCUCCUGAAGGCCGCAAACCCGGAAGUGAGUGUUCCGGUUUGCAAACGUUUUUUGGAAGCCAAAUGUCCAACGUGGUUUCCAACUGGCUGCUGCAGCCAAUUGGAAGCCACGCCUUGGCUUUUGAACCUUUUCGGGAGUCGAAUGGACUCCCAGAACAGAUUAAAUUCGAGAACCAAGAUAGCACUGUAUAUACCGCCCUAUACCCAGACACGGGUGGCGCUGUGGGUUAAACCACGGAGCCUAGGACUUACUGAUCAGAAGGUCGGCAGUUCGAAUCCCCACGACGGGGUAAGCUCCUGUUCCUCGGUCCCUGCUCCUGCCAACCUAGCAGUUCGAAAGUACAUCAAAGUGCAAGUAGAUAAAUAGGUACCGCUCCGGCGGGAAGGUAAACGGUGUUUCCGUGCGCUGCUCUGGUUCACCAGAAGCAGCUUAGUCAUGACCCGGAAGCUGUACGCCGGCUCCCUCGGCCAAUAAAGCAAGAUGAGCGCCACAACCCCAGAGUUGGCCUUGACUGGACCUAAUGGUCAGGGGUCCCUUUACCUUUACCUAUACCCAGAGGUCUCAGGGUAGUCCACAGAACAAGAUCAACAUACAAACCAAAAUAUAUAGUAUCAAAAUAAAAACAACCCACUAACACCCCCAUCUGACCAGAUUGCCCCAGCCACUCUGGGUAGCUCCCAACACAAUAUUAAAAACAUGCUAAAACACCAAACAUUAAAAACUUCCCUAUACAAUCUAAGUAUAAUGUGAAAAAUUAGUCAUGAGAUGCAUUUGACAAUGACUCCAGCUGGAACUGCUGUGUUCUGACAAAGCUAUAGGUGUACAUGAAACCAUACAAACAACCAAAUGUUUUCUUGUGCCUAUUUGCACCUGUGCUGCUGAAAAGAUGAGCUGCUCUUACUCAAAGGUUGCCAACCUUUUUUUGGGCCCAGGGGCCAUGGCCAUAUUGGGAAUGUUGAGAGAGUAUCAUGGUCACCAGUGAGAAAAUGGCUGCCUUGGAGCGUGUGGCAUAACGCAAAAUGGCUGCUGCAUCUGAAAGAGAGACUGAGACAGAAAUGAUGUGGGCGCUGCCACCGCCACGCUGCCCCGCCAGCUACCCACAGUCAAUGGGGGAAAGGCACCUACCUCAGCUUACUCUGCACUCACUUGUCGAGAGAAGCUAUUUGUAUCUCUCCUCUGUUCAGAACCAUAGCUGUCAACUUACAGAUUUGAAAAUAAGGGACCAGUAGCCUCGAAAAUAAGGGAUCAGCAGCCAAAAUAAGGGAUUUUAGUCAACCAGCAGCCAAACAAAGCCUCAAGCGGUGGUUCCCACAGCUCAGCAACCCAGCAAAGGGGAUGCAGCAAGGAAAACCACCAUCACCUCUCCGCUGGGAAGCGCUGAGCAAAGGCGAGUCCCCAGGCAACGCAGCUGAUUUGAUCAACACAAGGCAUGCAAGCUCCAUCCCCCAGUUGUUCUUAGACUCCUUACUGGGUGAGCAACGCAGCCAAGCAACACAGUUGGAGCCUCCCUCCUCCCUGGCUGGCAGGGAGGGAGAGAGAGGAGCUGCUUCCUUUGAAACCCGGGAAAUUUAAGGGACAUCAUCAAUAAGGAACAGCAGCGGGACACAGUGCUGGGAUAAGGGACUUUCCCACCAAAUAAGGGACGGUUGACAGCUAUGUUCAGAACAGGUGUGUUUCCAAUUCUGGCAACCAGUGAAAUAUGUGCAUGCAACAAGUUUAAGAGUGUUGUGUUCAGUGCAGGAAAAGGAAGUGCAAACAGAAAAUGACCAGGAAGAUGAGUCAGUCUCUUGUGUGCUGUAGCUUUUUGAAGGAAUAUUUACUGAGACCUUUCAAAGACACCAUAGAAAGAACCGCCAGGGCACCAUAGUAAGAACUGGCAGCUACUAUGGUACCUGCUUUAUAGUUACAUUAACAAGUGGGCUGCCUAUUUAUUUACCACAUGUAGUGUUAAGUUUCAGAAGAAACUUCCUGCUUCUUCGCCAUUUUCCUCUUGUGGGAAUUUUCCAGCUUGAAGGACCGUAGCUGUAAGAACCGCCUGCCAAUGUUGCCUGCUUUCCUUAACAGUGAUGUCUCUUUAUUCAUCCCAGAUUGGCAGCCAUUGCACUACUGGUUCUAGAGGAAGAGGAAAUCGCUUUCUGGUGCCUAGUUCAUAUCACUGAAAACCUAAUGCCUGCAGAUUCUUAUAGUAACACACUAAUAGGCUCACAAGUAAGUCUGGGACUCCCCACCAAGCCAUACAAUAGGACAGUCAUGGGUGAAAGGAAAACGGGUUGUUUUAAAAGGAUUGCAUAUUCUUAAAAUGGAAGUGGUGCUUCUAGAGGAAAAAUUCCAACGCACUUCACAUAGGUGUUGGCACAGGCCUGGCUUACAUCGUUCUGCGAUUCAUGUUAAUCUAGGCAGUUGAUUAUUUAACAAAAUAAUGGAACUUCACACCUAAUCCAGUGGUUUGCAUGAUGUCAAGAAUCAAAUUGUCCUUAAAACUAAUUAAUUUGUUCUUCACUGUGGCCUAAUUUGGACAUAAUGCAAAGCCAAACUACCGUAUUUUGCGCUCCAUAGGACGCUCCGGCCCAAAGGACGCACCUAGUUUUUUGGGGGGGAAAUAAAGAAAAAAAAUUUUAUUUCCCCCCCCCAGGUGCGGGGCUGGAAGAACUAGGUCGGGGAACAGCGGGAAGGUGCGCUCUGCCUCCCCGCUGUCCCCCGAGCUUGUGGGGCUGGCGAUGGGGAGAAGUGCGCUAAUCCUGGGACUGCAGGCAGCUCUGCGUGGCCAUCAGGAGCGGGGCGGGACUUCGCGCCCGGCUCCCGGUGGCUGCGCAGAGCUGCGCUGAUCCCGGGACGGCAGGCAGCUCUACGCCGCCAUCCGGAGCGGGGCGGGACUUUGCGCCCGGCUCCUGGUGGCCGCGCAGAGCUGCGCUGAGCCCGGGACUGCAGGCAGCUCUGCGCAACCCUCGGAGCCGGUCUCCCGAGGGUUGCGCAGAGCUCCUGAGCCUGGAGAGCGAGAGGGUCGGUGCGCACCGACCCCUCUCGCUCUCCAGGCUUCAGCGAAAGCCUGCAUUCGCCCCAUAGGACGCACACACAUUUCCCCUUCAUUUUUGGAGGGGAAAAAGUGCGUCCUAUAGGGUGAAAAAUACGGUAGUUUGGCAUAAAGUUACACCCAAACCAAUCAAUUGUAGCUCAUACCAAUGUGAUCAUCAGUACCGUGGGAUUACCUGUUUUUUAAAGGUUAUUUUUUUAGGGGGGAGUGCAAAAAACCCCUUUUGGUAUCACAGAAGGGACCUAUGGGAGAGUCAGUAACACACACACACACUUAAGAAAAAAAUGACCAAAGGGAGCGGGGUUUGGAGGGCCACACACACAAAUCAUUUUGUAACCACAAUAUCAGAGUGGGGAAGCUUUGGAAGCAGAUUUUGUGCUCGUUCUCUUGGUUCUGCCUCCACUGCAGAAAGUACAGUGGUGCCUCGCAAGACGAAAUUAAUCCGUUCCGCGAGUCUCUUCGUCUUGCGGUUUUUUCGUCUUGCGAAGCACGGCUAUUAGCGGCUUAGCGGCUAUUAACGGCUUAGCGGCUUUAAGAAAAAGGAAACAAACUCGCAAGAACUCGCAAGACGUUUUGUCUUGCGAAGCAAGCCCAUAGGGAAAUUCGUCUUGCGGAACGACUCAAAAAACGGAAAACUCUUUCGUCUUGCGCAUUUUUCGUCUUGCGAGGCAUUCGUCUUGCGAGGUACCACUGUAUAACAAUAGCUUGUGUGUGUAUCUCUAUAACUGUAUUGUGCUGCAAGUCGAAAGUUUUGAUUUUGUUAGAUCGGUCAGGUGUUUACGAGUACAGUUAACCCCUGUGGAUUUUGGAGGAGUCUGAGAAGGUGCUGAUAAAGCAUCCUUUCAAAUGUGGUUAUUGGUUCUUAUUGUUGUUUUGCUGAAUCCAGGUGGAUCAAAGAGUCUUUAAAGAUUUCUUGUCAGAGAAGCUUCCCAGGCUGGCAGCUCAUCUGGAGGAGCACCGAAUCGACUUGGGUCUGGUGACCUUCAAUUGGUUCUUGGUUGUAUUUGUAGACAGUCUUGUUAGCGAUAUCCUCUUCAGGGUAUGGGAUGCCUUUCUCUAUGAAGGUACUAAGGUAAGUGUAUCCCUGCCUCCUAUCUCUCCUAUGUCUCCUAUCCCUUCUCACUUCAUAUAUCAGUCUCCGCAGAGAUGUUUUAGCAACCAGGCAUUUAGGACAGGCUUCUAUUGAACCUGUACCUUCCUGCCUCAGUGACAUUACCUUUAUCGUCUGUGUGGCUAUGACUGCAUCCCUCCUGUGACUUCCCCCUGUCAGCCAUGUUUUUCUUUGUCCCAGGUGAUAUUCCGUUACGCUCUGGCAAUAUUUAAAUACAACGAAGAAGCGAUACUGAGGAUCCAGGACAGCCUGGAAAUUUACCAGUACAUGCGUUUUUUUACCAAAACCAUCUGUGAUGGCAGGUAAGGAUGAUUUCAGGAAGUGUUUGGGAUGGGGAUUGUGGUUGUCAGGUGAUAGUUUGUCAUUCAGAGAACUGGAAAAAUUCAAAAACUGGGAUUGAGGCAGGCACAGAUCAGGAAUAAGCAAUAGCAAGAGACUGAUUUAUGAAACCCUUCUUACGAAUGGAACACGCUUGAACAGGGCGGAAAGGGUGAAAUGGCUGCUGAGUGAUACUGAUGACUUUGUAACUUCUAAAGUGGCACUAUAUGCGUUGGGCAGCUAAGAAGAUUAGGAGAAAAGAACUAGAUAAAAUAUUCGGACAUUUAAGCUGGCACAUUCUAUCCGAGAAUCCCCUGCUAUUAUAUCAUAUACAACAAAUAAUUUCUAGGAGAUGUGACCGUUCAUUGUAUUCGCAGUCCCUGAUGUUUUUAUGGUGUUUAUGGUUAUUGCUGUCUUUUUGUUUCCUUUGUGAAUGAUGCCAUGGCCUUUGGCUAGUGCAAUAAAGUUGUUGUUGAUGAUGAUGAAUAGCAUUGACGCCAUGUUUAUCUGAGGCAAACCAGAAGCUACGAACCAAGCCAAAUACACCUAGAUUAGGGCUAAAGUGAAACCUUUUUCUCUCACACACAGAGACAUGCUGGAGCCAUUUCCCUCAUACUGAUGGGCAACACUGCAUAUGAGGUGCUGAUCAGAUGGGGAAAUGUUCACACUCCAGUUGCGUGGGGCAGCACCACAGGGAAGUGGCUUCCACGUGAUGCGGUGUGUGAAAAUAAUGGCUGAGGCAACACUGAAACUGAACAAAUACUCCUUUAAAAGUAUACCCGCUUAUAUAUACCCUUGGGCUCUGAGGUGAAUCCUGCCUCUUCUUGAAUGUGUGUGCCAUGUAUUUGAUAGUUUCAUUGAUCACCGUCAAAUAUAACCUGCACAUCUAAAACAUAGGUCCAUGUUAUUGUAUAUAAUAAUCCCUUAUUCCAGGAAAUCCUGGGGUUCUUCGGAAAGCUUAUCAGGAGUGUUUAAUGAGCAGAUCAGUAAUGGUUGACCAGUUUUCCUGAAGGACAGAUGUCCUGCUAAAACUCAUUUUCCCUCUGUAAUGCUUAGCCUCUGGGUAGUUUUGGGUGUGUUCUAGAUUGCAUUCUCAUUUCACAGAAGGUGGCAGACCGGCCCGGCCCUACCAUUAGGCAUAGUAAGGCUGAUACCUCAAGCUGAGGUUUCUGGGGGGUCAGGGCACCUGUGAAGUACUAGAAAACAGAGCUGUGUGAACCCCAUGGCCGGAUUGAGGUUUGAUGAGGCCCUAAGCUACUGAAGGUAAUGGGGCCCUUUAUAUGUGAUAGUUUAGGGAGAGGGCUAGCAGGCGGGGCCCAUUACUUACAUCAUAGGAGCCUACACAACACAACACAUUGUUGCUCUAUGUAGGUUUUAUUUUAUUUAUUUUUAUCUUAUAUUUUGGAAAUGUACAUCCAGGUUAUUUUCCUUUAAUUUUUUGGGCGGCCCCCAAGAGAGUGGGGCCCUAAGCUAUAGCUUAUUUAGCUUAUACAUAAAUCCGGCACUGCCUAUAGCCUAAAUGAGCCUUAGGAGCAGUGUAGGAUGCUGUCCCAUUGCCAGUGUUUAAGAAUCCACUGCAAAUCCAGUACAUAAAAGGAGCAACAUUUUGACCAUGACUUCAGACAGCAAAAUUACUUGGGGCAGCCCUGUAAUUUAGUCCAGUAGACUUGGCUAUGUGCUCACCCUAAAACAUUCCCCAGAAUCUUCUGUACUGAAGAGAGGUUCCUUCCUUAGCAGAAAAAUAAUUGUGGAAAAUACCAGUAGUAAAUUUUGAAAUACUGUUUUAGAACAGUAGUGCAGAGAACCAGUAAAUUGGUCUGGCACAGAACUGCAUCUAAGGGUGUUUCUAAUCUUAUGUGGCCUGAAAUAUGAGGGCCUGGUGCAGAGAAGACCCAGAGCUUUGAUCCCUGGGUGACACUUUCUGUCUUUGGAAGACAAACCUCUUUCAGAAAUUGUGUGCGGGAAGCCAAAAUAGCAUGUAGAAUUCCCACAAGUCUCUCUUCAAUGUCUACUUAGUCCAAGCUACCUUUAAAAAUUCUGGCUCAUAUGCUUGCCCUCUUCCAGGAAGCUGAUGAACAUCGCCUUCAGUGACAUGAACCCAUUUCCCAUGAAAGUUUUACAAAAUCGGCGCCGAGUGUACAGGUUAAAACUGGAGUCUGAGAUGAGAGAACUGGAGCAGAUAAAAGUCGAGUACAUGAAGGAACAGGCAGAACAUGCUGCCAGCAACUCGAAUGGAGCCGUGAGUGAGGAUGAAGAAGAUAUGUAA